AUGAUGCAAGAUCCAAUUGGGAUUCCAGCUUGCUUCACUUCAGGGGAGAAGGUAGCUGAAGAUCUAGCCACAGUAACCAGGUCAGGACAGAGUGUGUUCAUGUCCAUGUACAGAACAAAAGUCGCGGAUCGAUGUCGCUUGAUCACCAUAACAUGGUGCAAGAAUUUGCUGCUCCAUGGCCUUUCUGUCUCGGUAGAAGGGCCUGAAGGAGAGAGCCAGUAUACCUGCAAAGUUGAGCUGAAGCCAUGGUACUUCUGGAGGAAGCAAGGUUCGAAGCGCUUCGUGGUGGAGGAGAAGCCUGUUGAUGUCUUCUGGGAUCUCAAGGCUGCAAAAUUCAAUGGAGAAACAGAACCAAGCUCAGAUUUCUAUGUUGCUGUUGUUUGUGAUGAAGAGGUGGUGCUGCUUCUUGGAGAUCUGAAGAAAGAUGCAUAUAGAAAGACAGGCUGCAGACCAGCUCUGAUUGAUCCCAUCUUGGUUUCCAGAAAAGAACACAUAUUUGGGAAGAAGAAAUUCUUCACAAAAGUAAAGUUUCACGAGAAAGGUGGGAUUCACGACAUCUCAAUUGAGUGCAAGAACAGAACAAACUCCAGUGGGAGCCAGAAUGACAGCAGUACUUGCCUUGGUGGGGCUGAUCCAGAGUUGGAGAUUAGGAUAGAUGGCAAUUUGGCUGUUCAUGUCAAGCACCUGCAAUGGAAAUUCAGAGGCAAUGAGUGUAUUCCUGUCAACAAAGUAAAAGUAGAAGUAUACUGGGAUGUCCAUGACUGGCUGUUUAGUCCUGGUUUAAGGCAUGCACUGUUCAUCUUCAAACCUACUCCACCAUCCACAUCAACAUCAACGCCAUUGCCAUCUCAGACAGGGAGCUCUGGUGCAGCAGAGGGGUGCAGUUCAAGUGGGUCAUCACAGUUCUGCCUGUUUUUUUAUGCUUGGAAGGUUGAAUGA